GAAACUUUUUUGUAAUAUCAGUAAAUCAUAUAAAUGCACUGGAUAAUGUAAUGUCUGAAUUCAUUAAAUCAAUACAACACUUUGAUAUGAUCAUACAAGACAUGACUGAAAAUGCAAAAAUCUUGAAGUAUUCUGAUACUCUGAAUUGUAAAGAGUUUUUUAUGGAAAAACAGACUUUAAUGACUUUAAAUGUCGAACUAAAAACAGCUAAAGAUACCCUAUUUGUUGCCUUGCAGAAGCUAAUAAGCCAAUUUCUUUUUAUCCUGUUACCAACAACUGAAACUAUCAAAUUCGAAAAUAGAGCUACUACCACAAAUAAUCAGUUUGCUUUACGUUUAAUGUGCAGUGACACUUUGAAUGUGACUUGUUCUACAGGAAUUUUCCAAAUAAACGUUAUGGAGAAGAACCAAACAUUGAACGAAGCAGAAGGGCAAUGGGUUGAACUUUCCUUUGAACUUCACAAAAACACUCCAAUAAAAAAAAUCAUUUCGAAUGGAAUGGUUAAUUUUCAAUUUGAUUUGAGCUUGUGUAAAACAUCUUCAGGUAAAGAUAGGCAUAAAUCAGAUAAGGAUAGUUCAGUUGCAUCAUUCAGAUAUUAUUUAAGUAUUAAAUUGGAAAAAUUUGAGUGGAAUAAUCGGGAAUUUUAUUUGCAUAUCAAUACGAGAAUGUUUGCAAUCAUAUCACAAACAUCGCAAAUUUAUCAAGGUAAAGCCAAUAUAUGGUGGUUUAACUUCUUUAGAGAAGACACUGAGAAACCUUGGAAUGAAUUUAAGAAAGUUCUGUUGGAAUAUUACCAUACUAAUACUGGAAAACGUUUAACAUCUCAGCAAAUCAACUAUUUGAGACACAGAUUCAGUAAGGGUUUAACAUUUCACAAACUAAAUGAUCACUUUUUCUUUAUCUUUACUAAUGUUGGAAAAUGACGACAGUAUUAUCUCUUUUCAUGAUUUCUUAGUGGUAU